AUGGAUAAYUGUUGGAGGGAAAAUAAGAAUCAAUUUGUACUAGUAUUCCUUGCAGUCUUGGUACAACUGAAUAUUUUUAAAAAGGUAAAAGUUAAUUUCCUUAUGGUUGGGCACACCCAUGAGGAUGUAGACCAGCUUUUUAGUCGCAUAAGACAAAGGAUUUUCAACAAGAUGUUAGGUUUCUCCCUGCUUUCUCUCCCUUUUCUAGAACUAUUAGAAGCUAUUGCAAGAUCCUCAUCGCCUACUACAUGUGUUCAAUUGAUUACAAGUAUGUUUAAUAUAAGAGAGUGGGUUGAGCCAGCAAGAGUGGAAUUGCACAAUAUCUCCAACGCCCAUUGUUUUGUAAUCAAGCGAUCUACUGGGCCAAAUUGCGAAGUCGUCCUCAAAUACAAGCAGUGGUCUAGAGACAAUGAGUGGUUGCCACCUGGAUCUGGGAUUCCUGUAUUAAAGCCAAACGUGACACCUCAGGGAUUACCUACAUUUUGUGAGCCAUCACCGGAUAAAGUCGACUUGGAAAGACUAAAAAGGGAAAUUCCCAAAUUCUACGAGUCAAGGAAAUUUGAUGAGAGCCACAAACAAUGGUGGGAUGACUUUCUAAAUAAUCGCCAUGGUUAUUAUAGUCGUCCAGGACAGCAUCUAGCGGAAUGGCCUCUACCGAAUAUUAUUGAGAAAAAAAAUCAGCAACAAGAGAGCGAGUCAGGUGAUCAAGAACAAGAAAUCGGGAUAUUAGGAAUACCACGCCCCACAAAUGUGCCUUUAGAAGUAGAACAGCACGUUUCUUCCCAGCUCGACAGCAUACCUGAGAUAUACACCGGUCCAUACAGGCCACCAGUACGUAGUGUCACACAGGUUGGCUCAUAUGAAAAUGUUGAAGUUGGUCAUUUAGUAGCUGUUAACCUCCAGAACUAUAAGCCCCCAAACAUUGCUGAGGUCGUGGCUAGAACUGAUAAAGAGUUCACAGUUAAAUGGUUCAAAGGUGGCUACAGAAAAGAGUGGAAACCAGACAACAGAUGGCCAGAAUGUUCCAUACCCCAACAAAGUGUUAUACUAUAUGGUUUUUCACUUGAAAACAACAGGUUCACCGCAGAUACAGCAAAGUUUUUACGAAGGGCAUAUAAAGACGUAGCCAAUUAG